CUGUCAUAAAAACUAAAACAGACAACAACAACAAGAAAGUUGUUCAAAGAUGUCUCGUCUUGACGACAUACCAUCAAGCCCAGGCAAGUUCAAGAUAGACAAAUCCUCUUACUUCAACCGUCUCAGGUUCCAACCAUCUCUCACCAAGUUCGCAUUCAUCUCCUUCUUCCUCCUCUGCCUCAUCUCCCUCCUCUUCCUCCGAUCUCCACCCUCCGUCAACUCCUCCCAAUCCGACCCCUCCCGCCGCUCCCUCCGCACCUUCACCUACGGAGGAGCCGCUUGGGAGAAACGCAUCCGAGCCUCAGCUCGAACACGAACCUCAGUCACCGUCCUAGUAACCGGCGCAGCCGGUUUCGUCGGCACACACGUCUCCUCGGCGUUAAAACGCCGCGGAGACGGCGUCAUAGGCCUAGACAACUUCAACGACUACUACGACCCUUCUCUGAAACGUGCGAGGCAAGCUUUGCUAGAGAGAAGCGGCGUAUUCAUCGUGGAAGGUGACAUAAACGACGUGGAACUCCUCCGUAAGCUCUUCAAGAUCGUUACCUUCACUCACGUCAUGCACUUAGCCGCACAAGCCGGAGUUAGAUACGCAAUGGAGAACCCUAGCUCAUACGUUCACAGCAACAUCGCUGGCUUAGUCAACCUUCUUGAGGUCUGCAAAGCGGCUAACCCUCAACCAGCUAUCGUCUGGGCUUCCUCUAGCUCCGUCUAUGGACUCAACACGAAAGUACCCUUCUCCGAGAAAGACAGAACAGACCAACCUGCGAGCCUCUACGCCGCGACUAAAAAGGCUGGUGAAGAGAUAGCUCACACUUACAACCAUAUCUACGGUUUGUCCCUUACAGGACUAAGGUUCUUCACCGUGUACGGACCAUGGGGAAGACCAGACAUGGCUUACUUCUUCUUCACUAAAGACAUACUCAAAGGGAAGUCAAUAUCGAUCUUCGAGUCGGCUAACCACGGCACGGUGGCUAGAGACUUCACUUACAUAGACGACAUAGUGAAAGGAUGUUUAGGGGCGCUUGACACGGCGGAGAAGAGUACAGGAAGCGGUGGGAAGAAGAGAGGUCCGGCGCAGUUGAGAGUGUUUAACCUCGGGAACACGUCGCCGGUGCCGGUUUCCGAUCUGGUGAGUAUACUGGAGAGGCAGCUGAAGGUGAAGGCCAAGAGGAAUGUGAUCAAGAUGCCGAGAAACGGUGACGUUCCGUUCACUCAUGCUAAUAUAAGCUUAGCGCAACGUGAGUUUGGGUAUAAACCGACGACGGAUUUGCAGACUGGGUUGAAGAAGUUUGUGAGAUGGUACCUGAGUUAUUACGCCGGCGAGAAGAAAGCCGCCGCGAGAUGA